AUGUGCCUGAUAAGCUGGGGAGAAUCGAAGGCGCGGCUACGGCAGCCGCAGCAGCAACUGGGCAGGGCGCUCAUAUAUCAUGCGACAACGACAACGAGAACGACUCUUCAGAAUCAGAAUCUGAAUCUCCGGGUUCGGGAUCGGGAUGUGCAGCUCCGCGAAGAGUGUUCCUGCCAAGGUUUUUCUUUUACGCCAGACAUCCCAGGCUGGACUAUUCACAUCUUUGUCAGCCUUGACUCCAGAGUAAGUGUGAAAACACAGCUGGUCGCGGAGAACAAAUACGAAACCAUCAAAUGGACCGUCCCAAAGCACGAACCCGAGGGAUACACAAACAUGAGGACCAAUGCCAUCCGUCCAAUCCGUUUCGAUUCGAUCCGGGAGUUAAAGUUGAGUGUGGGCAGACAACGAUCGACAUUAGCAUAGGCCCAAAACAUUGCCAGCCCAUGACAAUUUACGGCUACCUAAACCAUUGUCAGUCCGGCCCGCGUUUCUUGUCUUGGCCGAAAAGACACAGUGGCCAAAUAUGCUAAUUUUGUUGGUAGUGAUACGAUAGACGAAACCACUUCCCCGAGAACCCCGAUAAUUUACGGCUUAACUUUCCGACCGACAAUUGUAAUGUUAAUGUGCCAUCGGCUGGUUCCGUCAGGUAGGUCUAGAUGUCUAGAUGUAUCUUCUUUUGUUAAUACUGAAAGAUCUUGGCUAUCUUGGCUGGUCUGGCUACCGUAAAUCACUUGGGUCGAAAUUUUGGAGAGAGAGAAGCGUCCUUAUCGAGGGCAUAUCCUUCAAGCGGUCGACUUCCUCUUCCGGCAGAGGGUUUAAUGGUUUUCACCUGUCAAUAUUGUUAUUAACCCACAAAGGGUUUCAUUUAGCUGCAUUUUGUGCAGAGAUAGGGAGGGUUUUCGUAUGGGGGAGAUUGACUGUCAGUUGAUUCAGUUGGGUCGUUUGUCAAUAUUUGCAUUUGUCAUUUGUUUGAACCGAAAGUGAAUUAUUAUGGCUUUGACAGAAGAUAAGGGGUGAGCUGAUAUCUAAGAUCACUGAAAAAAUGGCUAAGUUACUGGAAUAAAAUUAGAUACAUUUAUUACAAAUAUAUUUCAAUUCUGUUGUAUAUAUUAUUUUUGAUUUAUGCAUACCAUUUACCAUCUAUUUAAUAUCAAUUUACCCUUUAUUUUAUUAUUUAACAUAUCAAUCGAGAAUUUGUU